AUGCCGUCAGUCGAGAACCCGCCGCCUUCCACGCCCUCGCAGCAACCCCCAGAUCACCAGUCAAGACUGGUGCGCGCCCGUGCAGUCGUUACUGCGCACCAUGGCCAGUAUCUAGACGUGCUAGACCGUUGGCAAAUGCUCGAGAUCCAUCCGCUGAUCGACACAGUCCUGUAUUACAGUGGACAGGCGUGGCUCACGUGUACAACUGGGGCGAACCUUGACAGAGGGGACCACAACGAAGUGUUCGGAGACCCUUCCUACCUCGACAAGUUCAUCAUCGCGUGGAUGGAUGCCAUCCCCGAAGGUGUCGUCGCCUCGAUCCGGGGGACUAAGGGUUGCGCGGAGCAUUGGCGAUGUGACAUAAACACAAACACUGGCUUCUUCAUGAUGCCGGUGGAGUACCCAGAGGCGUUGGUCGAUCACUCAAAGAUCGAUAAACAGCUGGAGUCGCGGCGCUUGAACGCAAAGUCCCCGUGCUUUCUCAUGGCCCGGUCCAUCCCCUGCCUCUGCUCAUGGCUCCGGAUGUCGGACCCGACCAGGCGGCAGACAAUCUCGCGCAUGGCGACGUCGGUGGGCAACGUGCACGUGUACAGCUCGCCGACCACAGCCGGGAAGCACUAUAACGUGGUGUUUGUGGUGCAGCCGUACAGGGUGACACACAUGUGUAUAUAG